AUGACGCCUACCCAACAUAACGGGAUUGCGCUGUCAAGCUCACCUUUAGGUUGGAGCCCUACAAGGACUUUGGACACUCCCGCAUCCAUAAAGUAUGACGAUUCCUUUUUGGAAAAGCCACCGCUGUCCGCUGCCUGCCCAAGUGAUGAGUCUUCGCCGCGAAAGAAGGUGCAUUCUAAAUCCAUUGACUUUGCUGCCCUGUACAAGCGAUCUUCGCGCGAUUUGGAUAUGCUGGUGACGCUACGGGCUUUUGAAAAAGAGCUAGAAACGGUAUCGAUACAGCACAGACUACAACGACAGACUUUGGCAGCGGAAGCGACAACGUUAAGGUUCGCAUCGGACCAGCUGCAGCAGCUACUGACGACUCAGGAGGUUGGAGGGACUGAAAAUGCGGCAGGAAAAGAACAAACGAUGCAUCCACAUCCUCCAAGGGCUGCCGAAGACAAAGGAAAGCCUAUGCGUCGCUUCCUACCGUCGUCCGAGACGCCAUUUGUCAUCACGGCGGCUACUGGAGGAAGACCCGGUGGACUUGCGGACUCGGAAGACGAAAUCGAUGCGCAGUACCACAAAGUACAGCAGAUUCGUUGGGAAGAGAAUAUUAUAUGGGGAAUUGACUUUAACGCAUCCCGGAAACAUGACAAGGAGAAGCAAGACGAAAUCGUCGAGGUAGAAGACUCAGUAGGUAAAGUCACGGAAGUGAAGAAAGACAGCAACCAGGCGGCAGCAAAGGUGAUCAGUAGGCAAGCUCAGACGAAUAAAAGUAGAUUGAACACAUCCAAGCAAUCAGCAGUGGUAAAAGGGCAGGAACCGAAAGUGUCAUCUAAAUUUUGUGGUGAGAAAUUUGAUAUGAUGAAACCAAGGAAUUACCGAUGGGAGCUAGAUGAUUUCAAAAAGGCGAAAGGAGAGAGGAAACAGCCGGAAAAGACGACAAAAAAAACGUUGUCGUGUCCGCUGAAUAGAGAGUUGCAGGAUGACUCGUGGGUGGCUGCUAUUGGUUGGAAGUCGACGCAAGACAUGCCUGAAAGCAAACUUGUGCUGGAUGACAAUGAUGCAUCACUCAUUUACUCUGUAUCAGAAAUGGAGGACGUACGUCCCACUUUACGUAUUCCUGAACGAAAGCUGGGAGCAGCUGAACAGCGUCUAGCACAGCUUGACAAGCAGCGCAUCGAGAAGAAGCAACGUAUUGAUGAGGUCAUGGGCAAUCUCGAGUUUGGUGAGCAGACUGCGGAAGGCCGACUUGGCACAGAAGGAAGUGGCAAAAAGUCAAAAGACACGCGUGUGGUCAAGAAUAUUGGGUAUGUGCACCAUUCACUGCCAGCCAUGAAGCUUUCACUCACAAAACCGGAACUACCUAAGACAAAACUGCGUGAUUUUCACCGACCGCGGGGUAGAUUUAAAAUUAAUGAGCGACUUCAGUUUAUGCCACCUCCUCCGGGUGCUGCUAAAUUAGCCCCGCAGGAAGAGAGUGCCAUGGUGACACAAAUUAAAAAGAGCUCUGAUUUGAAUCCAACUGCUGGUGGCAAAUUGAUCCUGAUAGAAUACACAGAGCAGCACCCUCCCAUGCUGUCAAAUCCGGGUAUGGCGUCCCGUAUUCUCCACUAUUGGCGGCCACCAGAAGAUGCGUCAGCAGGAUUGGGGAUUCUGGGAAAGAAAAAAGUCCGCAAGACGCGCCCUAAACCACCAGAUAUGAAAAUGGGCCAAGUCAUUACUCUUGGCGAUCACGAUGAGUCUCCAUUCGUUGGCGAUAUUCCUCCCGGACGUGUAGUAACAUCAUUAAACUCAAAACUUUAUAAGGUGCCUAUUUUUCCGCACAAGCCAACUAUUCCGUUUGCCGCGAGUCCUGACGCGCGGGAACGCAACAACUCGGACAUUUUCCUAAUGUGUCGCUCCGUGACCAAAGGAAAGAAAGGUGUGACAAUUGAUAAGUCAGGCGGGCUUGGAGCUCCAAAAACUACUGUGUAUAUCAUGGAGUUGCCUGAGGUUUAUGUUGCAGGUCAAAUUGAACCUCAAAUUGAAGUCCCAGCACCGAACUCUCGCAGUGCAAAUGAGUUCAUUAGGCCGUACAUGUCAUUUCACAUACUCAGGCUUUUUAAGAAAGCGAGUGAUGGAGAGCGAUUGAAGAUCGAGGACAUUGCACGUGCUUUUCCAAAUCAGUCGGGCACUGCUAUACGUAAGCGAAUGAAAGAGGUUGCUACAUUUGAGCGUGGUGGCAACGAUUCUGGGUGGUGGAAGAAAAAGCCGACGUCACAAUUGCAAAGCGAAGAAGAAAUUCGCGCUAGCAUUCCUCCUGAAAGUGUGUGCCUCUACGAAAGCAUGAUGUCUGGCCACAGACGGCUACUGGAUAUUGGACUGACCAAGCUAUUCACGCCAUCUGGCGUCAACGGAGCAAUCAACCAUUUGAUUCGACGGUUGGAAUUACGUAAAAAUUCGUUGUCGACGCGUCUUGUUCCUACCAACUUGGAGAGGCGUGCGCGGGAGAAAGCACAGUCUGAACUUUGGAAAAAAGAUCCUGUCGUGCGCAAACUUGAGAAGGAUAUCCAAGUCGCUCGGUACAUUAAUGAGCAGCUGCAACUUACUCCUUGGAAUCUGACAAAUAAUUACGUCGAAUGCCAUCUACAGGGAAAAGGUUCUGGCAUGCUUCAACUUGGUGGCAUUGGUGAUCCUACUGGUCGGGGUGAAGGCUUCAGUUUUGUGCGUGUGCCACAGUCUCGCGCAAAGAAGAAGGACGGCGAGGAAGAUGCAGCUCCAACAACCGAGAGCAAAAUUAGCGCAGAGACUGCAGCUGUGCAGAAAGCUGUAGCUGCUGUCACUGGUACAACUGCCGAUUUGCGUAAACUUAAGAUGAAGGAGGCCGGUGAUGUGCUGCGCAAUCUGGGUCUGGCGGAUGCAGAUAUUAAGAAGCUGCGUCGUUGGGAUCGAAUCCAUAUGGUGCGUGAGCUUAGUAGUCGAGCAACAGCCCACGGUGUUGCUGGCAGUCUGAGUAAAUUCGCACGUGGCGCGCGUAAGUCUCUAUCAGCCCAGCAGCAAGAAUACCGCAAAAAGUGUGACGUGAUCUAUGAGCGACAAAUGGACGUGCUUAGCUCAACAAAAACUACGUUCUCAUCCGACGAAGAGUCUGACGGUGAUGAUGAGCUUGACGAACUGGGAGCUGAUGUGGAGGCUGAUAUAUUAGGAGGAACAGAUACAAAACGCGGCCCGAAAAAUUUAUUUCGUAGUGGAGGCGGGGGUCUCAAUCGCUCGAAGGAGGUGCUUGCGGAGCGUGAGGAUGCUGUAGAGCUGCGUCGUCUUAUGGAGGAGAUGAACGAGGAUGCUGGACCCAGUGCAAACGCUAAACCUACAAGUGCUGUUCGACGUCCUGACGUCGAUACAAACGGCCUGCGCAAUCAGCUGCGAGCAAGCGGGAUAAAAGAGGGCGGAACCGGGGCAAGUGGCAUCUCUUCAGUCUCAAAUAUUGGUAUGCGAUCAAAUAUCAUAUCACGCGGUGGUUCGACGGUGUCGUCUGCCUUAGCAACGCCUACUGGCCAAUUAUCGCGAGUAUCUUCACCAGCACAUGGGAGCCGCACACCUCUUUUAUCUGAGCCAUCGAGUGCCUCAAAGAAGAUUCCUGGACGGAAAGUAUUGAAGCGCGUUGUGCGUACCAUUGAAGAGGAUGGAACGGAGACUGUACAUAUCCAUUUUAUCGUCGAUGACAGGCAAAUAGCUCGAUUCCGCGCAAUGCAGCAGCGGAGGGACCGCCAACAUAAAGCUGAUGAACGUAACCAGCUUCGUAAGCGCAAGCGUAUGCUUGCACUUGAGGAUGAUGGCUCUGGUCAGAGCAUGCUGGAUAAAGCGAAGCGACGUAAGCAGUUACAAGAAGAGUUGAAGCAAUUGGCGAAGACGGAAGCGCACAACAAAGGUUACCAAGAAAUGCUCAAGAAAGGUGAGGCUGGUGAUGAUGUUGAUGGCGACGUCGGUGAUGAUGGGAGUGGUAAGGGUGUGAUUCGUUGUACGCAGUGCUUGCAGAUUGGACACAUGCGCACAAACCGCAGUUGUCCAUUAUACAUGGCGGAUGAAGCUCGCUCGAAAAAGACAGGACUAUUGUCCGAAAAGCAAGCAAAUGCUGUUCUUGCGGAUUCAUCAAAUUUGAAGGUAAAGAAGAAUUCCUCAAUUAUUAGCGGUGGCGAUUCCAGCACCAAAAUUACCGUAAACUUAGCUGAGCUGCGUGAAGGCGCGCGCAAACACAACGCAGAAAAGAAGCGCAAGCGAGAAAUGGAAGUGCGGGAGCAGGCAGAGUUGUACAAGAGGCCCUAUGCGAAAAGCGCCAUCAAACAAAGCCGCUCGCGUAUGCCGGUGGAGCAUGUUAAUAACGCGCUGGAAGUAGUUGUGCAGCGGCUGCUUGAAAUGCCAGAAAGCGAAAUAUUUCGUGCACCGGUCGAUGCGAGCACAGUCCAUAACUACUACCAGAUUGUGAAACAACCGAUGGAUUUGAGCACGAUUCAUCGCAAGAUUGUAGCAAAAGAGUAUGAUUCGAUGCGGGAAUUUGUCAAAGACUUGGAGCUCAUGGUGAAUAAUUCGCGCAUAUUCAACGGCGACCCAACCAAGUCGGUCAUUACAGCCAACGCUCAAAAGGUAUUGCGUCGUGCGCAAGACGAGAUGGCAGUAUUAAAUGCCGAGGGGGGCAUGACUCCGACGACGCCAACAACAUCAACGACAGGUAUGCUGAAGUAA